AGCUUCAAGAAGCGCGUUGUUGUCUAUAGCUGUGACGGGUCAUAUCGCCGCCGAGAGUAUGAUUCCAUUCGCUUGGCGCCCAGGUUUCGGUGGACUUGAAGAUACGAUUCUCUGUUACCUUACUUCGCAGUUUCCCAAAUGUGCAGAGAGAAUCGUUCUAGAAACAUAUCUUAGUCGAAUUUACACAAUUUGGUAUCGUGGGUUAUAUCUAGGUAGUGUCGGAAUUGCCCAUCCGUUGGCUAUAAAGGGACGCCGUCUGCUCUCCUGAACUUUGAAGAAUUUCAUCAGCAAGUAGCCUGAACAGAAUCACUGGCUACCGUAUGUUCUAAAUAACUUCAAAACCUUUUCAUCAAGAUGAAGUUCACCGUCGGUCUUUCUUUCCUCGCCGCACUGGCCAGUGCUGUAUCGGUCGAUCUGACCAAGCGCGACUCCCCUCUCGAUGUCAAACUUGAGAUGGUUGGCAACACCGCCGUUAAGGCUAGCAUUACUAACACGGGCGCCAUUGACGUGAAGGUCUUCAAGACGGGUACUUUCCUAGAUGAGAAUACUCCCACCGAGAAGGUUGAGAUUUUCCAAGCUGGAAAUAAGCUCCAGUUCGAUGGAAUUCGUCUCCGCAUUAUGACCAGUGGACUCAGUGAGGAGGCUUUCCGGAUCAUCGCUGCUGGUGAGACUGUGGAGGCUACGUUCGAUGUUGGUCAGGUCUACGACCUCAGUGCCGGCGGCAAGUAUGAUGUUGUCUCCAAGGGCGCCCUUAGUUAUGCCGAGGUCAACACCACCGACCUUGCUGGCGUCUACUCUAUCGCCGGUAGCUCCGUUACCGCCGAAGUCGAUGGUGUUGCUGCGAGGGAUGUUCGCCGUCGAUUCCAUGCUAAACGUAUCGACGUACAACAGGACUGUACAGGCUCGAAGCUCAGCUCUACUAACACUGCCGUCAAUAAUUGUCGUUCCCUGGCCUCUGCAGCAUCAACUGCAGCAUCUUCUGGCUCGUCCACCAGGUUUACCGAAUUUUUCAAGACGACUUCUAGUUCGACUCGUAGCACUGUAGCAAGCGUCUUCACUAAGGUUGCUAGCGAGUGCGGAAGCACCUCAAGCGGCGUUUCCGACCUGUACUGCACCGACGUAUACAGCUCGUGUUCCUCAAAUGUCUUGGCUUACACGCUCCCGUCAGCUUCAUUCAUGGUUAAUUGCAACCUAUACUACACAGCGCUGCCUGCUCUGACCAGCACAUGCUACGCCCAGGACCAGGCUACCACCACCCUCCAUGAAACCACCCACCUGACUCAAAUCGCCGGCACCGAAGACCUUGGAUACGGUUACGACGCUGCGACCAGACUAACGACAAAUCAGGCUCUUAACAACGCAGACACGUACGCAAUCUUCGCAAAUAGUGUGUUCAAUAAUUGCUAAACGAUAUCCUCGUGUUGUGAUCAUGAGGAUUUGGCUCGGGUAUUUGAAGUUUCAUCACUGUCGGGAGGCGUUGAGCUAUAUUCAAUACCAAGCUACCUAGGUAUUUAUUAGCGGUCUAUUCAUACGAAGCAGUAUUAUGACAUGUCAGAAAGGGGGGCUAGCUUUGUAUGUAUACGAGUACCUCUGCACUAGUAACUUGUAGGCUCUUGAAUAAUAACAGCUACUAUCCUUGGCCCGAUGACGGUUGAACUUGUUGAGCCAUUUUCGAUAGCUAGUGAUUUAUGUGAUCUGGUCUGUUGGGAUGGCCUCGAUUCAGGGGUAAGUCGUUGUGUACGUACCCAAAGUAUAUUUAAUGUUCGUCCUUCAAUCUAAGUUCUAG